UGUUGUACUUCCGCGUCAACCAACACCAUUUCCGACGUGAAGAAGGAACGUCUAGCCUGACCAGCGGAGUUAAAAGUGAGCUUUGUGGACACAGGGCGGGUUUGGAUGUGCUUAUAGUCCACAUUGCUUUGGUGUGGGUCUCGGGCUGAGGCUCAGCAUGGUGAAGUGUGUUGUUUCUGGAUGUCCGAACCGCGUGUCGAACGGUAACCGCGGGGGUAUCCACCGACCACCGAAGAGGUUCUUCCCCUUUCCCAGAGACCCAGCGAGGGUGAAGGUAUGGCUGGCGGCGUUACGAGAGACGGACAAACAAGAUCUGGCAGAGCCACACCUGAUCUGUGAGGAGCACUUCCUGCCUGAAGACAUCUCUGCCAAGGGGGUGAGCAACGACGCAAUCCCCAUCAUGCCGCCCUACCUGGAUGGACCGCUAGGCAUCAUCAACCCCUGGGGAGUCGAGUCGUCCGAAGAAGAGGAUCAGUGGGGCCCUGUUGGCGGCGAAGAGGAGGAUAAUGAUGAAGAGGAAGGUCGGGAUGAAGCAGCUCAGGUGGGACCUCCUCCUACACCACCGCCACCUCAGAAGGCGCCGAGUCAGACUUUUCACAUUACUUCAGACGCCAAAACAUCAAGUGUGGACCUUCCGUCCAAAGAGAAGACUCCUACAACAAAGAAGUCAAGCGGACACGACACAUCCCUUUUCCUGCUGACUCAACGUUUCCUGCAGCUCUUGUUGGUGGCUCCAGACGGCUGUCUGGACCUCCAUCAGGUGGCCAGCUGCCUGCAGACCCGCAAGUGUCACAUCUAUGACAUCAUCAGCAUUCUGGAGGGCGUCCGCGUGGUCCAGAGGACGGCCAGAAGGGUCCAGUGGAUAGGACAUUGUCCAGUCUCCAAGUUUCUUUGGAAGGAUGAGGAGACUUUCCAGAAGGAACUAGAAAACUUGAAGAUGGUGGAGAACGUGCUAGACGGCCUCAUCAAAAACUGUGCUCAGCAACUCUUCGACAUGACGGAUGACAAAGUAAAUGCUACGGCGGCCUACAUCACACACGAGGACAUCAGCCGGCUUCCCUCCUUUGACGAGCAGACGGUGAUCCUGGUCAAAGCUCCGGAGGAAACCAAACUUGAGGUCCCAGCGCCCACAGAGGACAGCAUAAAGGUCCACCUUAAGUCGAGUAAGGGUCCAAUAACGUUGCUGACCUGCGACAUUGGGACAGGAGGAGUGAAAGUGAAAGAAGAGAUGAGCGGCUGCUUCAUGACGCUGGAGGAAAGUCGCAUACAGAUGCAAACGUUGCACACGAACAGUAACAGCCGCUAGGGUGGUCUCCUUUUUUCCUUUUCUUUUUAUACUCUGGAUGGUCCGAGGCUUUAUUUGCUUUUGAUUUGUAAACAUUUGACACCGAAUUCAGCAAAAAUACCUGAAAGGCAUCUGUGCAGGAACAUCAGUCCAAAUUCAAAAUUGAUGUUUAGUUUUUUGUUGUUGACGUGUUUUAUGUCUCAUUUAUUGCAGUUAAGGGAAACAUCAUAUGAGAACCACAAAUGUAAGAAAGCAUCACUUGUAAAACAAAACAUCUGUUGCUUUUCUGUUAGCCACAAGGAGGCGCUAGUUGUCUUCAGAAAAAAGUUUUUGGACUCAGAAUUGUGUUUGUCUUCAUUAUCAAGGUUUGAUUGUUUCUGUUUCAGAGAGUAAAUCCAUAAAAUAUCCUGUAAAUACUAAUAAAACCUACUAAUAAAGUCCAA